UCUGUCAUGCAAUUUCACUUUGUGCUAAGGGUGUUUUUCUUUUUAUUUUUUAUUUUUAAUUUAAAAAUUUCUCAGAAAAUCAACUAAUAAAUUUGAUUUGAAAGUGUUAAACAAUUUUCAAAUAUAAUUUAACAUCAUCAGAAAACAAAACAUAAAUAAAAACAAUAUAUAACUUCCUUUUUCUUGUGAAUGAAAAACAAAAAUAAAAAAGCAAAGAGGAAAAAAAAAAUUUUCAAGGACGUAGACAAACGACGACGACCAUAGCUGAGUCACUUGUGAAAAAAAAAAAAACAAUUGAAAAAAGAAAAAGAACACUUUUUUGCAUAAAAAAAAACUAUUGAAAACCAAAAUAAUUUAAUUGAUGCAUAUUAAAACAAUUAAUUUAAUCGAAAAUUAAUAUUUUAAUUUCCCUUUGGUGGAUUAUGAAAUGCAAACUAGACGUCGCUUACAUUCAGGACAUUACACUGACGCAGCAGACGAAAGUUUAAGCGGCACAGUAACCCAAACUAUUCCAUCGUCUGUCGUUGUUGACACCCAAUUAGAUUUGCAACUCCAAGAAUCGGAUGAUAAUAAAAAAUAUUCAAAAGGUUGGAAUUUUCGUAACUUUUCCAAUCGCAUUCAAAUUACAUCGGGAAAUGCCCUUAGGGCAUUAAUACAAACUCCAUUAACUUCGGCAAUUGUUUCUGAUCAGAGCAAUAGUUUGUAUUAUUUUGGUUCCACAACAGCACAACCAAAUCAGGGACAACAAUUGAAUCAAUUUGAAGGCGAGUCAGGAGAUUCGUUGGACGAACCAUUUGAUAAAGAUAAAAUUAUAGUUAUGGCAGCACGAGAUCGAACGAACGAAUUUGCCAAUGCGAUACGCUCGCUGCAAAGUCGUAAUAUAUCGCGGGCAGUUAGUGUGAAGGAUCCACGCAAAGCCCGACAAAUUCAAAGUCAUUCAGAGUUUAUGAUGGUGGCUAAGUUGGUUGGCAAGAAUAUUGCCAGUACUUAUGCCAAGUUGGAGAAAUUGACACUUUUGGCAAAGAAGAAAAGUCUCUUCGAUGACAGACCCCAGGAAAUCCAAGAACUAACAUACAUCAUUAAAGGUGAUCUAAAUGCACUUAACCAGCAAAUAGCACGCCUGCAGGACAUUUCAAAAGACCAACGUCGUACCACCAAUGGCAAGCAUUUGGUAUCACAUUCCUCAAAUAUGGUACUCGCAUUACAAUCCAAGUUGGCCAGCAUGAGUACCGAUUUCAAGCAGAUUCUCGAAGUGCGAACUGAGAAUCUAAAACAACAAAAGACCCGACGCGACCAAUUCAGUCAAGGACCAAUGACAAGCCGAAUGUCAGCUGCCGCAGCCAAACAAGGAAGCCUACUCCUUAGCGAAGAGAAUCAAAUCAGCAUUGAUAUGUCUGCCGAUGAGAAUCGUCCACUACUAGCCGGUCCAUCUGGGCAUUCGAAUCAAAUACAAGCACAACAGCAAAUGAUGCUGUACGAUGAAUCUGAUAAUUACGUCCAACAACGAGCUGAAACUAUGCAAAAUAUUGAAAGUACAAUUGUUGAGUUGGGUGGUAUAUUCCAACAGCUGGCACACAUGGUGAAAGAACAAGAAGAAAUCGUUGAACGAAUCGAUACAAAUGUCCAAGAUGCUGAGCUCAAUAUUGAAGCAGCUCAUGGAGAAAUUCUCAAAUAUUUCCAAUCUGUGUCGAAGAAUCGUUGGUUGAUGAUUAAAAUAUUUGGCGUUCUGAUAUUCUUCUUUAUUUUCUUUGUUGUGUUUUUAGCGUAAUAAUAAUUAAAUAUUAUUUGCAGAUAUUCUAUAUAAUUGUAAACUGUCUUAUUUUUACUUUUAUUUUUUUUUCUUAUUCUUUGUUUUGGUUGAAUAUUAUUGAUAAAUAUAAAAUUUUAAUCUAAAUAAAUAUAAAAUGUAAAGAAAAUUUAUAAAAUAAAAAAAAAAAAAAUAAUAAAUUAAUUCCAAAACACCACUUUGAUGUUGUAUGUUUUUAAAACAACA